UGUUUCCGAGACUCGUUUGUGUAGCGCGCUGUUGCAACCUGAUCUGCAAUGAUAUAUUACUACUAGCUCUUUCGUACCAUGUUGCACUUGCGGAGCAAAGUUGAGGCAUUGCAACGACUGUUUCAAUUGUAUUGAUACAUAUCAAUACACAUUAUUAGCUAAAUCAAAAGCCAUAAGUGUCGCUUCAAAGUGUUAAAUUCUUAAAUUAAAUGUGUAGCCGGCGCGCGAAACCAUAACCUCCGGAUGGCCUGCUUUGGUCAAGGGGCGUGUUUUAGCCUCGCUUUCCCUACUCGGUACCGCACAUCCGAGGUUGCGGCUAGCUAGGAAAUGCUAUUCUCCUUGUCAAAACUGGGUCGACAACUUACUCGCUUCUAUACUAGGAUAAUAAAUUAGCUAGCUAUGUUUAAUGUCAGUAUUUGGAAACGAUUGGGCGUGUAUUUAAGGGAGGACUGAGGCAACAGACGUUUUAUCAACGAAAUAAACUGUACUGGUUUUUGGUGUAGGUGUUGCAGGGUGAGCUAACGUUAGCAAGCUAAACUAGCCAACGAUAAACCUGUUUCAUUCCCGGUUGCCGAACUGCCAGUGAAGCAGUGGGUGUCGGGCGCUGCGUGGUAGGAGGCCCAUGAGGAAGCCACGGCGGAGGGGCCACCUGGCCGGGGGAGGGGAUGCAGGUGGGAGAAAGUCUUACCAAGCUGGUAGGGGACGAGGUGGGGCCAGGCAGCGCUCCCCUUCACCGUACAGCCUCAAGGUGUCCCCAACCAGAGAGACACUGACUUAUUCCCAGGCUCAGAAAGUGGUGGAAGUAGACUUGGAUGGCAGGCUCCACCGGAUCUCCAUCGUGGACCCUCUGACGGUCAUCACAGAGAACGAGAUGACGGCCCAGGACAUCACUGAGUGCAACAGCAACAAAGAGAACAGCGAACAGCCCGUCGCACCCGCCAGUGCCAACCCUGGACGCAAGCCGCCCGCCAUGCCCAGAGGCCGAAAGAAAGACUCCAAACAUUCCUCCUCCACAUCAUCGUCCUCUUCCUCCACACCUCAGAACCACUGCCCCAACUCUCACUCACAACCUCACAACAACAAGACUAAUUCCUCACACAACCAUCAUCAGACCCCCCUUCCCGAGCCCACCUUCCGGAUGCUGGAGGCCUUCAGCCCCUGUGCGGCGCCCUCUCUGCCCACGGCCUACUACCGCUACAUAGAGCGCUCGGCAGAGGAGCAGGAGGCGGAGGCAGAGUAUGACAUGGACGAGGAGGACACGGCCUGGCUGGAGAUGGUGAACGCCAGGCGGGCGUCAGACGGCCACGCCACAGUCUCCCCUGACACUUUCGAGCUGCUGGUGGACCGCCUGGAGGAGGAGUCUUACCGGGAGGCUCGCAGCCGGGCUCCCUCUCAGAGCGCCAUUGACGACGAUGCCUUCUGCUGCGUGUGCCUGGACGACGAGUGCCUCAACAGCAACGUCAUCCUCUUCUGUGACGCCUGCAACCUGGCUGUGCACCAGGAGUGCUACGGCGUGCCCUACAUCCCAGAGGGCCAGUGGCUGUGCCGCUGCUGCCUGCAGUCGCCCCAGCGGCCUGUGGAUUGUGUGCUAUGCCCCAACCGGGGUGGCGCCUUCAAGCAGACCAGUGACGGGCGCUGGGCCCACGUGGUGUGUGCCAUCUGGAUCCCCGAGGUGUGCUUCGCCAACACUGUUUUCCUGGAACCCGUGGAAGGGGUGGACAACAUCCCGCCUGCCCGCUGGAAGCUCACCUGCUACCUUUGCAAGCAGAAGGGUCGUGGCGCUGCCAUCCAGUGCCACAAGGCCAACUGCUACACAGCCUUCCAUGUUACGUGCGCCCAGCGUGCCGGGCUCUUCAUGAAGAUUGACCCUGUGCGGGAGACCAACGUCAACGGCACCACCUUCUCGGUGAAGAAGACAGCCUUCUGUGAGGCGCACUCGCCGCCGGGCCAGGAGGGAGGAGCGGGGGGGUCGGACGAGGAGGAUCCCACAGGGAGGGCCGUGGGGGGCCGGGCCAGCCGGGGGCGCAGUGCAUACACAGAGGCCCCACAGGUGCAGAAGCGGAGCAAGAAGGAGGGCAAGCACGGGAAGAGGAAGGGGAAGAAGGGUCUGGAGGUGGCUGCCAACCGCGCCGCCACUACGCCGAUGGUCGCAGUUCCACAGAUCCCCACUCAAAGGUUGAACACCAUCUGCAAAGGGAUUCUGGUCCAGAGGAAGAACCAGUUCAUGCAAAGGCUGCACAACUAUUGGCUCCUGAAACGCCAGUCACGGAACGGUGUUGCGCUCAUUCGUCGUCUGCACUCCCAUGUCCAAUCACAGAGGCACAUUGAACAGCCGGAGCCCGAUGAGAAGGUGUGUGCUGUGAGGGAGGAGCUGAAGUACUGGCAGAAGUUGCGACAGGACCUGGAAAGAGCCCGGCUGUUGGUGGAGCUCAUCCGCAAGCGGGAGAAACUGAAGAGAGAGCAGGUCAAGGUUCACCAGGCGGCCCUGGAGCUACAGCUGACCCCAAUGCAGGUGCUGCUGCGCUCCACACUGGACCAGCUGCAGGAGAAAGAUGCAGGCCAGAUCUUUGUACAGCCCGUCAACCUCAAGGAGGUCCCAGACUACCUGGAGUUUAUCAGCCAGCCCAUGGACUUCUCCACCAUGCGCUCCAAGCUGGAAGCCCACAGUUACAACUCGCUGGCCCACCUGGAGGUAGACUUCAACCUGAUGGUGGCCAACUGCCUGCUGUACAACGCCAAGGAUACACUGUUCCACCGUGCUGCCCUGCGUCUCCGUGACCUGGGGGGUGCAAUCCUCCGUCACGCCCAGCGACAGGUCCACAACACUGGGCUGGACCCGGCCACGGGCAUGCAUCUUGCAGAGUCGCCCCAGAAACACGACUACUACCGCUGCACCUGGGAGGACGUGGACACCCUGCUGGACCCCGAGAACCGUCUGCACAUGUCUCCUGAGGAGCAGUUGAAAGAGCUGCUGGACAAGCUGGACGUGGUGGCCACCAUGCGCUCCAGCGGCGCCCGCACCCGCCGCAUCCGCCUCCUGCGCCGCGAGAUCAACAGCAUCCGGUACCGACAGGGCCAGCACCACCGCAACUCGCUCCUCAACGGAGAUGUCAAAGAUGAAGAGGAGGAGGGGAAAGACGCGGAGGCUGACAACGGCCUGUCUUCAGAUAAAGAGGACCUCAAAUGUACCCCUCCCCCAACGCUGGAGCCAACGUGCCUGGCACCUCCCCCUCUGCAGGGAGAUGCACCCCUGGAGCCUCCCACGCUGCGCCCCAUGACGGGGGAACUAAGGACCCUGGGCCAUCCCAAAAAGCGCCUGAAAUUGGACAGCGAGAGCUCAGAUAGUGGUACUCCCACCCUUGACGCUACAAGAAACAAGAAUUGCACUAAAGCAGAAGAGGCGCCCAGUUUAUACUGUGGCGGGCUGGUGGUCAACGGCCUUUCCGACACCUUGUCCCCACGCCCUGCCACCGCGGGAGUAGGGCGCCGGACUUCUGUGCUUUUCAAAAAAGCAAAGAACGGAGCAAAGUUGCUUAGAGAGAAAGACAGUCUUGGCGGUAGUGUCCCCCCGACCCCCGAUUCCGCUUUAAGUACCCCUUUAUCUACCCCGUCUAAGAUCCCCCAGCAGAGCUCAUUCACCACACCUGAACGAGAGAGCCCUAGUCAAGGUGCCAUCUCAGAGGGGGAGCUGGACAAGACCCCUAACCAUACGCUGGAGACUAGACUCACCAAUGGGUUCAAAAGGGACAACGAUGGUGGUUCUGACUCAGACUGUAGCCCUCCACCAAUCCUUCACAAAGAAAUCAGCGCCCCACCCAAACGAAGCCUCGGAAAACCUGCACUUUCCAAAGUACCUUUCUUGGAGACUGUUACCGGGGAUGCAGAUUACACCGCUACAGGCAGUGGUAUCCUGAUGCCUUUUGAAAAUGUAGUGGUGCUGGAGCCCCUGGACUUGGUCUGGGCCAAGUGUCGGGGAUACCCCUCCUACCCUGCAUUGAUCAUUGACCCUGAGAUGCCCCAGGAGGGCUUGUUUCACAACGGGGUCCCCAUCCCCGUGCCCCCACUGGACGUCCUGCAGCUGGGGGAGCAGAGGACAGAGGAGGCUGGGGAGAAGCUCUUUCUGGUGCUCUUCUUUGACAACAAGAGGACAUGGCAGUGGCUCCCGCAGGACAAAGUGACUCCUCUGGGUGUGGAUGACACGGGUGACAAGCUGCGUAUGAUGGAGGGCAGGAAGACCACCAUCCGCAAGUCUGUGCAGGUGGCCUAUGACCGCGCCAUGGUCCACCAGAGCCGUGUGCGCCGGGACCAAGCUUUUGUCCCCUCAAACUACCUGUAGCGGUUGGGACCCAAAUCAGCCCUGAGCCUUAAACAGUCGUCAUUGGUCAGAAAGAUCUGGAUGACUUUAAGCUUAUCUGGACACUUCUCAUAGGUCUGAACGGGUGUAUUGCAAGCAGUAUCCCUACUGGUUACACCUUUCUUAGUCCUUUCAGAUCUAUGCGGUGUCUGGGGGGGGUCAAUGCACCUCAUUUCCCCCCUAUACCAGUCUGUCAGUCUGAUUUCAGGCUGUAUAAGGUGGUAUGGGGAGAGGUAUCUAUCCCACUUGGGGGGGAGGAGAGCAUAAGGCAGCAAUCCUCAAUCCUGCUUCUGGAGUGCUGGAGUUCUGCAAUUUUUUAAACCAGAUUAGUGCCACCAUGACACCCGAGUCAUCUAAUCAACUGAUCUUCAAGCCCUUGGUGAGUUGAAUCAGGUGUUUCAUUGCUGAGCUUGGACCUGCGAUACUGUGUCUCUCCAGGAGCGGGAUUGGAGGUAUUUAUUUGUGAGCCAUCUUGAUGCCACCGAGAACAGAUGGAGCUGCAGUAGCUGGAUCAAAGUUCAAUGAACACCUCCCUUUUUGUAUAAUGCUACUGCCAAGGAAUCAAAUGGUUGGAAAAGAGAUUUAUCAUAUUUAUAUGAACUUGAAACUGUAUGAAUGGAUCACUGCCAUUUCUUACAAACACUUUUUACAUUUUAAUGUUUUACAAACCACUUGUUAUAUAUUGUAAAGACACAUGUGUGUGUGUGUAUAUAUAUGUGUGCAUAUCAUACUAAGCCUAAUUUUAUGUUGCUACUUUUAAAUGCGAAUUCAAUCACCAAUGGGGAUGAAGAAAGGCCGUACAUACUUAUUGACUUGCUACAGAGUGUAUUCAGCUUCUCUUUGUGGAUCUGCAUAAAGGCACACAAUGCAAUGGCCAGUUCUUUAUCAAUUCUUUUUGAUACAAAGAAAUGUAAUUUAUUUAUGGAAAUUGGAAAGUAUUGAAAUGAAGUUUAUAUAUUGGUUAUAGAUGGCAAAUGGAAUCUGUUUAAGAUUAUAAGAUUUGCAACCACGGUGAGUUACUGAUGCAGAGGUGUUUAGAUAUUGCAUUCAGGGGCUGAUCAAUCCUUAGCCCAUCGUAAAGAACAGAAUGUUAUAUUUAUUAUAGAAUAUUCAUAGUAUUCCAGACCGGUUUAUAAAAUGCAGACAAACAUUGUAAGCUUGUACAAAAUUGCAGAUUUGACCUACUCACCAAAUAACCAAUCUGAAUCAGUAUUUUCUCAUGUGGGUAAAUAAAUUGUUCUAUCCAAUAAACUUUUGCAAUUC